ACCCAUGGCGCAGCUUGUUCGCCAGCUGCCACUAUGAGUUUAAAUCUUAUUUCAUUGAAAUUAAAUUCAAAUUAUUUUCUUUCAAUAGACCGAGACGUGUAAAUCUGAAUAAAUUCAAAUAAUUCAUCAACCGAAGUGAGGUAACAAAUCAUUCAAACAGCAACUAUUCGGAAGUUUUUUAAGUUGAGAGACUUCCGGGCAUCGUAAAUCCUAGAUAACUCGUACAACAAAAAUCCGAUACAAAAAAUCAAAUCACUUCAACGAACUCAAAAUACUGAUCACCUGUGUUUCCUCAAUUUUUCUGAUUUUUUUAUUCCCAAUAAAUCCUUAUUCUGAACAAAAAAAAAUCAUUGACCUUGAGAAGAACAAGAGACUCAUCUUAAUCCUCUCGAGAUUGAUGUCUGCGCCAUGAAAAUCCGCUCGUUAAAAUUGUAUUUAUUAAAUUAAUUGAACAAACUCUAAAUAAAAAAUCCACACGACUUGAUAAUAGUGAACUACCCGGGCCUAAAUUAGUCCGAAAAAAAUCACCAAAUCGCAGUGAUAGUAUACAGUGAAAUAGACCAUUUGGAUCAUUAGAGAAUUGCGUAUUGGGGAGGUGCGCAAGCGCGCUUUAUCGAUUCGAGAAAUUAAGACGAAAAAGCUCUCGUCACUCCUCGAAUUACCAACCAGUUGAUCCAUACGCAACGGCAGGAUGAACAGCAGGUUCAACAUUAUUCUUCCGAUUGUCCUGGGGAUUGUUGGAAUUGUAUCUGGACGUUUCGUUGACGUUGAUGAAGGUACCUUCCCAGAUGCCGUUGACGAACUGCUCAAUCUGCUGAAUGAAAAGGGGGAGAGGAGUGAUACUGUUGAGCAGAAGGUGGUGCUCUAUCCUGUGGAGCAGCCGGGAUGGCAAGGACCUGCAGGAGUUGGACAGGUCGUCGGUGUGUCCGUCGAUCCAUCCGGCAGACCCGUCAUCUUCCAUCGCGCUGAUAGAGUUUGGAAUUACAAUUCAUUCGACGAUAAUCUGGAGUACCGAGAGGCAUUUAGAGGACCGAUCCAGCAGGAUACCGUCCUGACCUUGAAUCCACUGAAUGGCGUCGUUGAGAGUGCCUGGGGUGCGGAUAUGUUCUACAUACCUCAUGGGCUUCAUAUCGAUGCCAACGGAAAUACAUGGCUCACCGACGUUGCUCUGCAUCAAGUUUUCAAAUUUACACCCGGCAGUGUUGAACCACAAAUAGUCCUCGGUGAGAGGUUCAUCCAUGGAUCAGAUAAUCACCACUUCUGUCAACCAACCUCCGUAGCUACCUCUCGGGCAGGUGAAAUUGUCGUGGCUGACGGCUACUGUAACAACAGAAUCAUGGUAUUCGAUCCAUCCGGAAAUUUAAUCAACAAAGUUCCACAACCAGGAGAAUUUGUCGCGCUCCGAGUGCCGCAUGCUCUCGCAAUUCUCGAGCAAGGAGACGUCUGUGUUGCUGAUCGUGAGAACAUGAGGGUAAUUUGCCUGAAUGUUGGUCUCCGUAUGGGUAGCAACAAUAACGAGAAUAGCGGACCACCCCUAACGCUACAUCAGCCAGACCUCGGAAAGGUUUUCGCUGUUGCUGCGCAUGGUAAUACACUUUAUGCUGUUAAUGGGCCCACAUCACCUAUGAUACCAGUCAGGGGAUUCAUCAUGGAUCCCAAUAGUGAGACUAUAUUUGGACAUUGGGCACCAGCUACUCAGACGUUUAUACAGCCUCAUGCCAUGGCAAUAUCACCAAACGGGACAGAGCUCUACGUUACCGAAAUUGGGCCCAACAGGGUAUGGAAAUUCCACCUCGUCCGCGACCCAUCACGCCAAGUAGACCCUCAGACCCUGAUGAAAAUUUGAACUUAUAAAAAAGAAACUCAUUAAAAAGAUAAUCCGAAAAUACUUUGAUAAUACGGCUACAAUUAACACGUCAGACUACUCAGGUAAAAAAAAAAUUCACAGGUCAUUUACAGCUGUCAAUUCAAGAGCAAACCUGGCUUUCAAAAUAUAUGUCGAUCACGUACCAAAAUAUUCGCUGAAUUGAUGAGAAAACAUCCCUAACAAGUGAAAAUACAUUUUUGAUGUCGAGCAAAUCUACACAAAUGCAUUUCCCUAUCUGAUGUCCGCGAAAUACGAGGGGGAGUGGAAGCGAUCGAACUAUCCAAUACUGAAAUGAAUAUAGUUCGAUGCAAACCGUAAAAAAUUCAAUGAUACAAACUUGAUGCAAGAGAAUGUCUUCAACAGCGGCAGCAAAAAAUAUCGAUGAUCAGAUCAGAACUGAUCAGAGAUGAGGGACAACGCCGCGUCGAUAUGACUAUUAACGCGAGUAUCUGUUCCAAACUAGAAAAAAAGCAAAAAAAAAACAAAAAAAAAUGAAUAGAAAAAUUGAAUCUGUUAAUUCUUUAAAAAAAUUUAUUCUUCGCAUAUUUUUCAUUAAUUUUUUACACGGACUUCAUCCAAAUUUUGGGGAAAGAAGAACUUGAAAAGGAGCGAUUAUUUUCACCUGUCAAUAUAGAAUUUAUGAUACCAGGGAUUUCAACGGGAAAAAUAGACAAACCGAGCAAAUUGACACCGAUAAAAAUUGCAAAGUCGAUGAAAAUUCUCCACCAAAAGACCAAAAAAAUCCUAAAUAGUGAUUAUAGUUUAUCAUUGUAAUCCAGACGAUGCGAUUAAAAUUUUAAUGGGCAUUAUAAAAUCGCUUCUUAAAAAUUAAAGUCCAGUUCUUCUGACCCAAUUUUACAGAAGACAAACAACAAGAAAAUAUCCUACUACUGUUGUUUAUUACUCUGUCAGCCCCGUAAGACCAUUGAAUCCACUUUAAAUUUUUCAACUUAUUCCGAUAUUAUUAUUUUUUAAAAAUUGUAACGAGCGAAAACAACGUACACGCACACUUAUCGCACACGAGUCAGUCGCGUGGCAACAUUUUUUUCAAUCUACAUAUGUUCACUCUUCAAUGACGCGAAUGAAGAAUUUGAGAGCAUGAAGAUUGAAAAAAAAACCACGCGCGGUUUAACGCACAGAAGACAUAAAAUUAUAUUUUAACUUGAUAUAUUUUUAGACAUAAUUGCAGGCACUAAUUAAUCAAGACUCAAUAAUAAAUGUUUAGGUGCCACUGGUGAUUAACAAAUUAUCCACAAAAAAUGGUGCUAUUAAUAUGUCUACAAUAUUACAAUUUUGGUUGAUUUAUUAUAAAUAUGACAACAAAAAUUGAACAGAAUUUCGAUUACUUGAUAAUAAUAGUACUAAUAAUAAUAAUUUAGGUGAGCAGUAAUGAUUAAUUAACUAUUGACCAUACAACUCAAGAAUUAAGUUUUCCGCGAAUAUCAUACAAUACAAUAAUGAUGAUAAUAAUUGAAAACAAAAAAAAAUUUGCCCCUUAAAAAAUGUGACGAGUGGUGCGCCAUUUCGAAGUGAAUGUCAAUCCGAAUUUCUAGAUCUCUUCGGUACGAAUUAAACGAGAAUACAUUUGCACUGAGUUUUUCGAAAUUCUUGAAUAAUUGCGAACUGCUGAAUUGUUUCUUAAUAAAAAUCGUGAGAAAAAAUGCUUCAUUUUCUGUCCACAAUCAUAAAUUUGAGAUGAUCUGACAACUAUCGUUGGGUGAAAAUUUCAAAAUUCAACAUUGAUGGAGAUAAUUAUCGUUAAUUUACGAACAUCUAAAUUUUCAUUUAGAGAAUUUAAUUGGAGUUCUGUACCACGUGCUUCUGGAUAAAUAGGAAAAUUCCAGAAACGAGUGCCUUGAAACGCCUAUGAAAAAAAAGGAAAAAAAACGGUUGGAAAUGGACAACUUUUGCGAUACGCAACGUUCAAAAUGACUCAUUCGACGUUUUCCAGAAGCUCAUGAUUUUGAACCCAAUUUACAUAAAUUUUAAAAUUCUUUUGGAGUAUGUGCAGCUUUUGAAGGAGAAUACGACUAAAAUUGUAUUAAAUCUCUCAUUACAAGUGGUAAUAAUUCCGGAAAUAUUACUGUUUAACUUGCAAAUGAUAUCACAAGGGGGCUAGUGGUACAGGCAAACUAAACAGACUCACCGAGUGGAAAAAAGGCUCCGUACGUCCCCAAAGAACCUCAGGCUCCUGUCCCUCUCGUUUGGUUUAUAUAGACUUAUUUCAGGAGGAAUGUUAAAUUAUACAAAAAUUUAUAUACUCGAUCCAAAGGACCGAGAUUGACUCAGAAAUAUUGUCAUUACUUCUUAUUUCUAAUUUAAUUAACAAAUGUAAAAAGCCGAGUAGGCUAUACAUGGCAAUCCAUAAAAGAAAAAACCACUGUUUAACGUAAAAUUAUCUAGAGAUAAAAAUACUUGAGGAAGUGGCCAUGAUAGGGUACGAAAUUGAAAAACACUUGAAAAUAAAUGAUUGCGAUAAAGCAUAGUCUUCUAGGUUACUCAACAGGGAAAUAUUCUGAAAUUAAAAUCGAUCUACAACUCUCAAAUUAAACACUGAAAUGAAUAAAAUUAAUUACGACCGAAUGACUCAUUCAACCAGAUAAUUAAAUUAUGAAGUUGAUUAUUUCAGAGAAUUCUUCAAUUUUCAAUGAAAGCUUCGAUCUGUAGAAAAUUGAACAUUGAUUAUUAAGGAGACAGUAAUAAUCGAAGAUACAUUAAUGACACACUAAAAAAUUAUAAUAAGAUUUUAAAAGUCACCCAACGUAUUUUGAAAGCGGAAGUACAGAAUAUUGAUGAUUUUUGAUGUGUAUUCAACUGAACUCUAUUUCAAAGUGAUGACAGAAAUUUAAAUAUUGUAAUCAGCUCUGUUGCGAAAUGAUCAACUUGGGUAGACGAAAAAAAUUAUUUUAGAAUUCUUCUUCAGUAAUUUUUUCAUGACACCCAGCAGUACUUCUUCAGUACUGCUGAACUUCCUACGAAAAAUACUGAAAAAGAAUUAUAAAAUUAUGAGCUGCUAUUUUUUGUAAUAUCACAAAAUCAAAUGUAAAAAAUUGUAGUUCAACAUAUCAGAAUAUGAUGCAUUCGAACAGAUAAAUCUCCCUCUCUUCUUGAUAGGUACCUGGUACAUCGCUACAGAGUUGAAUUACUGAUGUUGACGAAGAGCUGCUUCUUCAGACGAAAUUCCGUAAUUUAACAAUGAAAAUUUCGCUCAAUUUUUUGUCUGUAUUGCAGUUUGUGUGAAAGCAAAUCACUUGAAUGUUUAUAGCAAUAAUUGUAAUAGGCAAUAGUAGUGAUAACGAAAUCACAAUAAUCCUGGAUGACACACUAAUUGAAAAAAUGAAUAUUUCUGGAUAUUUAUGAUUCUAUAUGACGUUUUAAAAAUUAUCCCGUAGUUUUUCGCAAAAAAACGCGGGUGCCAAGUUGUACUGAAUUGCACAUGACUGUAUAGCAAAAAAAUGAAAGUUGAAAAUUUAAUUAGCUCGGUGAUUAAAAUAUAGAGUAAUAUUGAAAUUUCACAUUUUCUGAAAAGCAGAGCAAGUUUAGGUGAUUGUUUGUGGACUUUGAUGUUGAAAUUCAUGGAAUUAUCUAUGAUUUUCCAAGGUCAUAUACAUUUCUAGGUACAUUUGUGAUAAAUCAGCUGCAGAAGUAACCGAGUAUUUGUGAUUCACUAGCAUUUCGGUCAGAAUUUAAGGCUCUGCAUACUUGAGAUAAAUUCAGACCUUUCAUUUGAAAUUUGUACUGGACACCAGUAUUAAUUGCAUUGGAUGAACAUUUUUCGAAGAGUAAAAAAAUUAUGAGAAUUGUCUUAAAAUUGUUUACUGCAAAAUAAUUGAAAUGUAUUUGUAAAAAGCUCCGCUGGAAUUAACGAUAUUUGAAGGAUUUCCAGUUGAAGGAAUCUCUGACUUGAUUUCCUCUCCUCGAAUACCAUUAAAAUUUCAAUAAAAAUCAUGUUAUCUGUCAUUGACACUGAUAACUUCAGAAAUUAGUCGAAUUAACAAAAUGAACAGAAUUAUGACAGAAGUGAAAACCUACGGUGAUAUUCCCUGUAACACUGUGAAAAAUGUUUCUAUUGCUGCGGAAAAAAAUAGCUCGAAAAUUUUUAAUUAAUUUUCUUUGCAAACAUUCCAAAAAUGAGAGAAUGAAGUAAUGAGACAUUUUUAUUUUACGUUCAGUUGAGAGAAUGAAAAAAAAAUAACAAACAAUUUGAAAACUUCAAAACGCAAUUACUUAUGUGGCUGGAAAACAUUGAAUCAAAUUUUAGUUAUUUCCAUCACUGAAUCUCAUUAAUUCGGGGUAUUCAGUAAAUGAUUAGGGAUUUCUGCAUUUUCAGUUAUGAAAAACACAGAAACUCUCGCGAAUGGAGUCCUAAUUUACAUGAAGAAUUCAAAAUCAAUUAAAACUUAUCAAUGCGGGAUUUAGUGAGGAAAAUUAAUAUCAAUGCCUUCCAAUUUUCCGUAGAACUCACUACUCAAUGAAGCCACGUUAAUCACAAUACAAACCAAAAGACCUUCUUGGAACGCUAAAUUGAAAAAAUUUCACCAACAAUUGAAAUUUUCGUUUGGCUUUCGAUUUGUCUUCGCUCGACACCAAACCAAAAGCAAAAUGUGCCAAUAACCACAAAUAAAAGAAAAAUGCACGUUUGACCUCAAUCAUGAAAUAGCUAUAAACAAUAAAAAUGUGUAAAUUAUAAUUUGGAAAAUGAAUAAAAUUGAUUUUUGAUCAAA